AUGCAGACGGGAGGAUCUCAAGAGCGGAUUUACAGAAAAGAGCAGAAUUUUCUCUCGACAAAAUCCAAAAGAUCGAAACUUGACAAGGAAAUUUUGAAGGAAGGCUUUGAGGGUUUCAGCGGCGUCGACGUGCAGCUGGAAUUUGAGAAAUUCGCGACGACGGACGCGCAGGGCAACAAAAGCAUAAAGUUGAACGAAAUUGAAAAGCUUUUGAAAAGCAACAAAUUCACUUGUGUGACUUCUCGAGAUUGCAAAAAGCUGCUGCGGGAAAUAGACCGGAACAGAGACGGGCAAAUAGACCUCAAGGACUUCCAGGAG